CUCUUCUUGUUUACAUUUUACCUGUAUGGCGGGAGAAAAUGGCUGAUAAAAUCACCAGUCGAUGGAGGAAAAUUACGGUAACAAAUUCACAAUCGAGAAAAGAGUUUAAACUUUAAACCCAGUUGAUAAUGCAGCAUCUAUCUUCGGUUUAUAUUAUAGUGAAAUAUACAGCAAGCUUACAGAUUGUAUUGCUUUUAGCAUUGCUAGCUUGUGCUGGAUAACUAUAACAAGUUUGAAAUACAAAUUUAUGACAAGUUACAAUGAAUGCAAAUCAUGCAGCAUUCCUCGCCAGUCAGCCAUUGGAUCCUAUCUUACAGAAUAUAAUCGAUCUGUCACAGGCUCACAACACCUAUAACCAACCUGUUAUAAAUAAACAGGUUGAAAUAAAUAAACACCCACAAGUAGAAGUUGAUGAUACUGGUCGUAUUGCUAAUGAAGGUUUACAAGAGAGUGUAUGCGAAGAAGUUUUUUGUUCUUAUCAGCAUCGUGAAAUAGCACCUGGAUGUCGAGCUCACCCUGGGGAUAUUGUAGAAGCAGGACCUCUAGCUGCCUUGCCUCUACCUGAUGAAUAUUAUCCUAUUUGUGAUAGUUUACCUAAAGAAAUAAUAGAAGAAGGAAAAUUGAGUAGUUUACAGUUAGAAGGUGUUAUACAUGCUUGUCAGAGACAUCAAGUUAUAUUACCAAAUGGACAAAGAGCAGGAUUCUUUAUUGGUGAUGGUGCUGGUGUUGGUAAAGGUAGACAGAUAGCCGGUAUAAUAUUUGAUAAUUUUGUACGUGGUCGGACCAAGAAUAUUUGGUUUACUAUUUCUACAGAUCUUAUUGUGGACUCCAGGAGAGACCUGAGUGAUAUUGGUUGUUUUGUAAAAGUUAUUGAUGGAUGUCAAGAGUUGGACAGAGAAACAAGAGUUCUAGGAUUACCAACUGAUUUUAAAGAAGGGGUUGUAUUUAGUACUUACGCUACUCUUGUAUCAUCUGUAAACAGGGGAGGUGCGUUAAAUUCUAGUAAACACAGUAGAUUACAGCAGUUGAUUGAUUGGUGUGGUGGUGAUCAGUUUGAUGGAUGUCUUAUAUUUGAUGAAUGUCAUAAAGCCAAGAACUUUGUUCCUGGGAAGGAAACUGCCAGCACAAAAAUAGCAAUAGCUGUUACAACUAUACAAAAAUUGUUGCCAAAAGCUCGAGUAGUUUAUUGUAGUGCUACAGGGGUAACUGAUGUUAAAAAUAUGGCGUUCAUGGAGAGAUUGGGAUUGUGGGGAGAUGGUGCUCCAUUUCAUUCAUUUGAACGAUUUAUAGAGUCAGUCCAAAGAAAAGGUUUAGGUAUAGCGGAAAUGUUGGCUAUGGAGAUGAAAACUACAGGAAUGUAUGUUUCUAGAGGCUUAUCAUUUAAACAGGCAGAGUUUGUUACAAUAGAAGCUGAAUGA